CACUUUAGAAAGAUUCGUUUAUUCUUAUUUUCACCAAGAGAAAGGAAAACCCUAAUCCCAUCUCGCAUUCUAUUCGGUCAGCGAUAUCCCAUAACGAAGUUCAUUAUGGCGGAUGAGUCGGCAACCAACGGAGAUGUAUUCGAUGAUGCUAAGAUCGGCGCAAAUGAUGACUCCCUGAGCCAGAAGCUUGCUGCGUCGGAGAAGGAGAACCGGGAGUUGGUUCGUGAAAACGAGGUCGUGAAGGAGAUAGAGGAGAAGCUGAAGAAGACAAUUGAGAAGCUGGAGAACGAGAGAUCCGAGUUGCGGAAGAAGGUGGAGAAGUCGGGGUCGGAGAAUAGGGCUCUGGGAUCGGUGGCUGCUCGAGCUUCUGAACUCGAGGGAGAGGUGGCUCGGUUGCAGCAUGAUCUGAUCACCGCCACGAAUACUUUGGCAGACGCUAAUUCUGAGGUGUCACAGUUGAAGGCAGCAUUGGAGGGGCUGAAAGCUAGUGAGGAAGAGAAGAGAUUGAAACUUGAAGCGGUUGAGGGGGAAAGGAAUCAACUAAUUGCGAAAUUGACAAAACUGGAGAGCAGUGAGAAUGAUCACAGGGCUGAAAUGGAAGCAAAGGAGCAGGAGAACAGAGUUUUAAUGAAGAAAAAUCAGGAUUUAGAGAAUGCCUCCCUUCUGGCGAAGGGGUUCGAUAAGGAGAUGGAGGAGUUGAGGAAGAGGUUGGGUGAGCUAGAGAAGAUGAAAAUAGAAUUGGAGGAAAAGUUGGAGGAGAAAGAAAGGGUGAUCCAUGAAAGGGCUGUUCAUGGAAGUGUGAAUGGGAUUAAAGAUUGUCAUCUUGGUGUUAAAAUGGAGUGGCCAGUUAUAGCAGGAUCUGCUGUUGCUACUAUUGCUGCAGUAUCUGUUGUGUUUUACCUGCAUCAGAAGAAAGCAUAGACCCAAUGAGGUUUUUUGUCUAACCAAGUUUUGAUAGUAUCAUCAUUAUUUUUGGCUUUAGUAUCAUCACUUUUACUUGAUUGUACUAGAUUGAAGUGUUCUUUUUGGUUGAAUAGUAAUAAUCAGAUAUACUUUGGAUGCUAAACUGCACUGGAUUGGAUGAAACGUUUUCCAGUUAGCAUUUGAAUCUUUUGAUUGACUUGCAAAACUUCUGUUUGUAGUUUGGGAUUAUCAUACACCUCUUUAAGGGUGUGGUUGUUAUACUUUGGAUGCUAAACUGUCCAGUUAGCAUUUGAAUCUUUUGUUUGUAGUUUGGGAUUAUCAUAUACCUCUUUAAGGGUGUGAUCGAUUCUAGUGAAAGAUCCUAGAUGGUAUGGAUGAA